AUGUUCAAAGCAAGCAGACAGAUCGACCUCCCAACCAAGGACAUCCUGUCCUACAUAUUUGACGAACCCGAUUACGACCAGGACAAACCAAUCUAUGUGGAUACAAACGACAGCACCCGUACAAUAUCAUGCAAUCAAGCCAGAGUCAUCAUCCGCCAGCUGAUUGCCGGUCUUCGAGCAGCGGGCGUAAAGCCAGGGGACUGCAUCGCCAUCCACUCAUUUAAUGAUAUUUCUUAUUCCAUGCUCGUUCUGGCCAUUAUCGGUGCUGGCGGGAUUUUUACCGGCACAAAUCCGGCAUACACGGCCGGGGAGCUCAGUCACCACAUCAAGACAUCCCGGUGCAGCUUUCUGAUAUCUGAGCCAGAGAUACUCAAUCCUCUCCUUGAAGCCGCCAGGGACAACAAAAUCCCUGAUGAUAACAUUUGGAUAUUCAAUCCCCUGGGUCAGCAAGUUCCCGCAGGCAGGCGGCCAUGGACGGAUCUGCUAAAGCACGGCGAGCAAGACUGGCUUCGAUUUGAUGACCACGAUGUUUCCAAGUCGACGACAGCCGCGAGGCUUUUCAGCAGCGGCACAACCGGGCUUCCAAAAGCCGUGACCAUCACACACUAUAAUUUGAUCGCCCAGCAUGAACUCGUGGUCAAGGCAGACCAGCGGCCAUACGAGGUGUCCCGCGUCGUCGCCACGCCCAUUUUCCACGCCGCAGCCGCCCCGGGAACGCACGUCAGCGCCCUCGCCUCCGGGCACGUCGUCUUCAUGAUGCGCCGGUUCGAGCUCAAGGCGUUUCUGCACGCCGUAGAGACUUUCCGCGCCACGGAGCUCGGCCUCGUGCCGCCGAUUGCCAUUGCCAUUGUAACGUCGCCCUACGCAACGACGAGGCCGUUCCUAGCUACCGUCAGGAACGCUCGUUGCGGCGCCGCGCCACUGGACAAGCAGCUCCAAGCCAGGCUGCAGCAUCUCCUCAGCAACGGAGCAGCACUGACGCAGGUAUGGGGGAUGACGGAGACCUCGUGCGUCGCCACCAUGUUUCCCUACGGGGAGCACGACGACACCGGCUCCGUGGGGCGCAUCAUCCCCAACGUCGAGCUAAAGCUUGUUGGCGACGACGGCCGCGAAAUACGCGACUACGGGGUCCGCGGCGAAAUCUGCGUUCGGGGCCCGACCGUUACCCCGGGCUACUUUGACAACAACACGGCCAACGCGGAAAGCUUCGACUCGGAAGGCUGGUACAAGACGGGCGACAUAGGCUACUGCGACGGCGAGACGCGCAAGUGGUACAUUGUCGACCGGAAGAAGGAGCUCAUCAAGGUGCGCGGCUUUCAAGUGGCGCCGUCUGAGCUCGAGGCCGUCCUCAUCUCGCACCCGCAGGUUGUGGACGCUGCUGUUGUCGGUGUCGCUCUCCCCGGGGCCGAGGGCGAGUUCCCACGGGCGUUUGUUGUGCGACGGCCCGGCGGCGAGGGUUUGAGGCUGGACGAGCGGGCGGUCAGGGAGUACAUGGAGAGCCGGCUGGCCAGGUACAAGGCUCUGACGGGGGGCGUCAAGUUUGUCGACGCCAUUGCGAAGAAUGCGAGCGGCAAGAUUCUGAAGCGGCUUCUUCGAGAGCAGAGCAAGAAUGAACUUGAAGUGUCUGCCAAGAUAUAG